AUGUCAGAUGGCUUUCUAUCGCGACGGCCCAAUGAAGAGAGAGAAAAAGAUGAUGAAGGUGUUGAGGAGGAUGAAAAGAAUGAGGUUGAGGUGAUCGAUUAUAGAUGUAGUUGCGAUCUUGUAGACAGUAGGAUGGUUGUAGUUGGAGGAGAAUCGAAGGAUGAUAGUGACGGGCAUUUCCCUGAAUCUCUACGUCCAUGGCUACCAGUAUAUCCAAGUUUCAUCGAUUUUGUUCAAAUCCUCAUAGGCAAAACCCCAUCAUCAAUUAUAAUUCAUUAA